AACAUAAAACAGUGAGUAUUUCUGUAUACUUCCCCUGCUAGGGUGUUGAGCAGUGAUACAGCAGAUGAAGCCCUGGUGUAUCUGACUGCAGUUCUGGGUGGAAACCCCUUACUGCUGACAGAACUGGACCUGAGAGGGAAGAUACCAGGAGACUCAGGAGUGAAGCAGUUCUGUGCUCUACUGGAGGAUUCACAAUACAGAGUGGAAAAACUGAGGCUUGGUAACUGCAGUAUAAAAGCAGAGGGCUGUGCUGCUCUGAUGUCUACACUGGCAUCAAACCCAUCACACCUGAAAGAGCUACAUUUGAAUGAUAAUGUAAUUGGAGACUCUGGUUUGAAGCAGAUCUCUACUCUACUCAGGAAUCCAGAUUGUAAACUACAAAGACUGGGGCUUAAGAGCUGCAGUAUAACAGAAGCGGGCAGUACUGCUCUUGCUUCAGCUCUAUCCUCAAACCCCUCAUCACACCUGAUAGAACUGGAUCUGGAUAAUAAUAAACUAGGAGACUCUGGUGUGAAGCAGAUCUCUACUCUACUCAGGAAUCCAUGCUGUAAACUACAGACACUGGGACUUAAGAGCUGCAGUAUAACAGAAGAGGGCUGUGCUGCUCUGACCUCAGCUCUGACAUCAAACCCCUCACGUCUGAUACAGAUGGAUCUGGAUAAUAAUAAACUAGGAGACUCUGGUGUGAAGCAGAUCUCUACUCUCCUCAGGAAUCCAGACUGUAAACUACAGACACUAGGCUUGUCAGACUGUGGUGUAACAGGAGAAGGAUAUGCUGCUCUGGCCACAGCUCUCAAAUCAAACCCAUUACACCUGGAGGAGCUGGACCUGAGGCUACUGGUGGUGGAGGUGUGUUUAAAUGGCGGCGCUCGUAUGAGCAGCGACCUGAGAGAUGUGCAGUUGCGGCAGGGGAAAAAGCCGGUGACGUCAUCCAAUCGUGCGCACGGGCGUUUGGAGCGGUCGAAGGUAUCCGAGUGCACCAGCCUGUCUUUGAGGUUUGAGGACCUGGAGUUGUUGUCUGAUGAAGCAGAGAGAGCCUGUGAGUAUCUGACUUCAGUUCUGGGUGGAAACCCCUUACUCCUGACAGAGCUGUUCCUGAGUGGGAAGAUACCAGGAGACUCAGGAGUGAAGCAGUUCUGUGCUCUACUGGGGGAUUCACACUGCAGAUUCAAGAUACUCAGGUUAGUGAUUUAA